UACAAUAGUUCAUUUAUUGUUUUAGAUUUCCAAAAAUGGAUAUAGUAAAGAUGAUGCUUCUGCUCCUGAUGCUUACAAUGUUUGGAGUCUUGUCACAAGAUAAGAAAGACUACUAUACACUGCUGGGAGUGUCACGGAAGGCAUCUGACAGGGAGAUAAAGAAGGCGUUCCGCAAGCUUGCAGUGAAAUACCAUCCUGACAAGAACAAGGAGAAUGGAGCAGAAGAAAAAUUUAAGGAACUUGCACAAGCAUAUGAAGUGCUGUCAGAUCCAGAGAAGAGGAAGAAGUAUGAUCAAUUUGGUUCUUCAGCUUUCGAGAAUGGAGGAGGUGGAGGCCAGGCUUUCCACUUCAACUUUGAUGACAUAUUCCGCAACUUUGAAGAUGAUUUUGGGCAUAACUCUUUCCACUUCAGAGAACAUCCUUAUGAAGAACAAGGACACAAUUUUUUUAACUUUGAAGACUUUUUUCAAGAGGAGGCUGAGCCAUUCAUGCAUAAUCAUUAUGGUUAUGAAGCUCAUGGAUUUGGUGAUGGUAGUUCUUUCUUUGGCACUCAUUUUGGAAAUGCUCAUCAAGAAAGAAGAGUUCACCAGAGUUCAAGUGGACGAUCAUGCCGGACAGUGACACAGCGAGUUGGCAACAUGGUAACAACAUACAUGCAGUGUUCCUAGGAAUAUUGUGAUAUGGAAGGCAGCAAGGAAACCAUGUUUACAACCAUUAAUUUUUAUGUAGAAGUUUUAAUACCUUUCUAAAGUAUGGUUAUACCAUAUGCUUAUGAGA